AUGGCGUCAGCGACCAAGGUCUCCUCCGCCGCAGCAGGAUCGGUGCUGUUCUCGGCGGCGCCGCCCGCUCGGGGACGCCCCUGCUUCUUCCCCCUGAAGUCCUGUCGUCUCCUUCCUCUCCGCCAGUCUAUCUCCCGAUCCGCUCGCAGGAUUUCCUGCGAGGCGACGGAGGCCUCCAAAGUGGCGGAAGGCGGGGGAGCAGCGGCCUCCUCUCCGCCUGGUGGCGACGGGAAGAACUGGGUCCCCGUCGUGCCACUGGCGGCGCUGCCCAAGGGGGAGCGGCGGGUGAUCAUUCAGGGCAACGAGACCAUCCUGCUCCUGUGGUACAAGGACGAGGUGUUGGCCAUUGAGAACAGAUCCCCUGCGGAGGGUGCCUACAGUGAGGGCCUCAUCAAUGCCAAGCUCACGCAGGUGCCUGUUCUUCUUCCCUACUCUGAGAUAAUCUUCAUUUCCAAGCUUCUAUCGAUCGGCAUCUGCUCUGGAUUUUCUGUUGCUCGAUCAUCUAUAAUGGUUAAAGUUAUACCGUGUCGAUUGCCCUAGAAAAGGCAUCUGACGACUGGGGGGACGUGUCAUUAGGGACAAUGGGGAUGAAUUCGGAAGGCGUUGGGUGCCUAAUUCUUCGAAGGAUCAAAGUAUUUCCUCAAAUUUUCUUCUAUGAGGGAUCUAGAUUCUGCCAUUGAUCGGGAAAUGCAUCCUUCCAAGUGAGAGGAGCAUCCUCUGGAUCAGACUGUCCACAUGGAAAUCUUCAGGAUAAAUUGGUACCAGGGUUCAUUCAUCACUAUGAUUCAAGCCCAAUAGUACAAAUGUCUGGUUUCAGAACGGCAAGAUAGAAGGACGCUGAAGCUAGAGAACUGCUUUAAGCAGUUUCCUAAACAUGUUUGAGGUCAGAGAUUGGUAAGUCUUGUGUGGGCCUUCUCGCAGUAGGCCAGAAACAGUGAUUCAGUAGCUGGAGUCUUAUCUGUCUCUGAAACUUUGUUUAUGAAAUUCUUGUUUAUUUUCUAAAAAAAGAACAAGAUUUUUUAAAAAAAUACUAAUUAUAUUGGAUAAUGAACAGGUUAUUGCCUAUUAAAUUGCGGAAAUUAGUAUGCAUUCGCACCACACAUGGACAACUAUUCCGAUACAUUACGUGGUUAUUUUGGCAAUGGUUUUUCUUUCAAAACCAGACUAUGAUAAGAAUAAAUCACCACAUAUUACUAUAAAUUUUCUCGACUUUACUGUUACGAAGAAAAUUUUCCUGUGUUCUCUUUUUGUGCGAGGUAAUUAUAUUUUCCUUGUCUUUAUUCAAAGUUUCCAGGAUGGCUGUAUAGUCUGUCCAACCACAGAUAGCACCUUCGAUCUUCGGACUGGGGCAAUAAAGGAAUGGUACCCCAACAAUCCUGUCCUCAGGAUCCUCACUCCAGCAUUGAGAAAUCUCUUCGUGUAUCCAGUGAAAACCGAUGACGAAAACAUCUACAUUAGUACGGGAAGUGCCAGGCUUGGAGAAUCUGCAGAGAUCGUCUUCAGUGGCAGAUCUCAACCUGGUGUGACGGCCUCUGAUGUCAAUGUGGACGAGGUAGGCUUUUAUGUUGGUGAAUAGUUUUCAUAUAUCGUGACUCUCGAUUAAUAAUAUGAGAACAACCUCAUGGGAAUCGGCAUGAUCAAAGACUUCUCUUUUACAAUGCUCAACAUCCGGAAGAAGGAAUAUGUAAAUAGGCAUUGAAUGAUCACCCAUGUUACUCUUUUUUUUUCUUACAUUGUGCAAUUGGCGACUAGAAAACGUAUGUGGGUAUGAUCAGCAAACCUUCUCAAGGCGAACUAUAUCAGAUAAAUCUAACAUUUCAAUUUUAAAUGUUUUUAUCUUUUUUUAAUGAUAUGUUUUCCUUGAUGUUAACUGUCACUGUACUUUUUUUUAUUUAUGAUAUAUAUAUAUAUAUAUAUAUAUAAUCUGAUGGAGUUUUAUGGAUGCGUGAUUUCUAAUGUCUCUUUCAGGUGAGAAUGGUCAUUGAUGAGGACGUUGGGGGGUUUGGUUUCACAAGCAAGAACGAGGUGCUGAAUGGCAAAGCAGCUAUAAUUGGAUUCCUGCUAUUGCUAGAUUUUGAGCUCUUAACUGGUAAAGGGAUCCUCAAGGGAACGGGCUUCUUGGACUUCAUCUACGCCUCUUCAAAGGCUUUCGACUCCUUGUAG